CCGUGGAGUCCCUGGGGUCCUUGGGGUCCCACUCCUGAUUUGGGUGUUCUGCGAGGGACCUCAUCUUUGGCGUGCCCUGGACUCCAGCCUUCAGCCCCUAGUGCCCCAGAGCUGCCACAGGUGCUACCUGACCUCACGCUGCCUGCACAGAAGUGGCAGAGGCGGUGCCAGCUGCCAGUCCGCCCCUCUGGACUCCAUCUUCUGGACUGUGGCCCUGGAGUGCCUCACUGUGGUGAUCAGAGAAGCCCACAGCGGCUGCAGUGGGCCGGCGGAUGCAGAAUGUCCUCCCCCGUCAAGCUCCCCCAUGCACAAGGCAGAGCUGGAGAAGAAACUGUCUUCAGAGAGGCCAAGCUCAGACGGGGAGGGAGGCACAGAGAAUGGAGUUCCCGUGUGUGAUGGGAGGGAACAAGCUAAGAGGAAAAAAGGUUCCAAAUCAGAGGCCAAGGGAACCGUCUCUAAAGUCACUGGGAAAAAAAUCACCAAGAUCAUCAGUUUGGGGAAGAAAAAGCCGUCCACAGAUGAGCAGACCUCGUCGGCCGAGGAGGAUGUCCCCACCUGCGGCUACCUCAACGUGCUGUCCAACAACCGCUGGCGGGAGCGGUGGUGCCGCGUGAAGGACAACAAGCUCAUCCUCCACAAGGACAGGACCGAUCUGAAGACCCACAUUGUCUCCAUCCCUCUGCGUGGCUGUGAGGUGAUCCCGGGACUGGACUCCAAACACCCGCUGACCUUCCGGCUGCUUCGCAACGGGCAGGAGGUCGCUGUGUUGGAGGCAUCUUCCUCUGAUGACAUGGGCAGAUGGAUUGGGAUUUUGCUGGCUGAGACAGGGUCCUCCACGGACCCUGGGGCUCUGCACUAUGACUACAUAGAUGUGGAAAUGUCUGCAAAUGUCAUCCAGACAGCCAAACAAACCUUCUGUUUCAUGAACAGGCGUGGCAUAUCUGCUAACCCAUACCUGGGGAGCACUUCCAAUGGCUACGCGCACCCCAGCGGCACAGCGCUGCACUACGAUGACGUGCCGUGCAUCAACGGCUCGUGGGAACCCGAAGAUGGCCUUCCUGCCUCCUGUGGCAGAGGCCUGGGAGAAGAGGCCCUCUAUGAUAACGCGGUCCUGUACGAUAACCUGCCGUCUCCGAAAAUCUUUGCCCGCUACCCACCUGCUGACAGAAAGGCUUCUAGGUCCUCUCCUGACAAACUGUCUUGUAACCACUACAAAUGCCCUGCCUCCUGCGGCCUGCCCUCUGCUCUGUCUGUCACUAACACCUCUUCUGUGGGGAGGGCAUCUCUCGGGCUCAACUCGCAGUUGAAGAGUAAAAAGCCCCCAGUAGCCUCCAACGGGGUUACAGGAAAAGGGAAGAUGCUGAGCACUCAGCAAAAAAAAGCUGAGUUGGCCCCCGGAGUAAAGCGCACGCCGUCAAAUGCUGACCAAUACAAAUACGGCAAGAACCGGGUGGAAGCUGAUGCCAAGCGGCUGCAGACCAAAGAGGGGGAGCUGCUGAAGAGCAGAGAGGCCCUGCGGAGCCAGCUGGCCCAGCUCCGGAGAGAGAGGAGAGACCUGAAGGCUGCCAUCGAAGUGAAUGCGGGCCGGAAGACCCAGGUGGUUCUGGAAGACAAGCUGAGGAAGCUGGAGGAGGCGUGCAAGCAGAGGGAGGCGCAGCGCGUCAGCCUGGAGCUGGAGCUGACGGAGGUCCAGGAGAGCCUGAGGAAAGCCCUGGCCGGUGGCGUCACCCUGGGGCUGGCCAUCGAGCCCAGGCCGGGGGCGGCCAGUCCACAGUCUCCGGUGUUGCGGCACCAGGCCCUGGAGAACUCGCCCCUGUCCAGCUGCGAAACAAGUGACGCGGAGGGUCCCGUGCCCGUGAACAGCGCGGCCGUCCUCAGGAGGAGCCAGCCGGCCUGCAGCUCCCCACACCGCGGCCACGUGCUCCGCAAGGCCAAGGAGUGGGAGCUGAAGAACGGGACCUAGAGGGAAGGCAGGACCUGUCAGCUCAGGAAGGUGCUGCUGCGAUGCUGACCGCAGGGUGCUCGCCCGCGUGGCCCCUGUUGCAGGACGCCAGGGUUUGUGACUGAGCUCUGUGGCCAAUACGCAGACCGGCCCGUGUAUUCUUUCUACUGUGUAAUGGUUUUCCUUAAAGAAAUCUACUUGUAAUGCUUUGGUUUCCAACUUUAUUUGUUAAAAAGCAAAAAGGGAUGAAGGUAUUGUAAAAGAACCCAGUAGCAAAUGGAGAAGUCAGCCCUCUGUACCUGGGGAAGUCCUUGGAUUGGCCACGCGAGUACGGACGCCGAGUGCCCAGCAGGACUCCUCUGGGCAGGAGUGAGGCCAAGCACGGGCUUUGGAACCGCCUCGCUCUCUGCCCAGAGGGCCCAGCGUGUUUUAUAGCUGGGACACGAACAGCAUGAUCCCCUUGUGUCCCAGUGUUCCCCCCCAAUGCCUGUCCCCCUCAUCACUAGAGGGAGAGGCAGGAGAAGAUGGCGCUGUGAAGCAUUUUUACCUUUUUAUUACCUUUUUCUGGACAAAUGCUUUUGUCACCAGGACAUGAAAAGCUGCCAUUCUUCUUAAACUUUUAAAAAACGUUCUUUAUUGUGUGUUGCACUUCGCUCUAAGGAUUUGUCAGAGAUUCUGUAUCAUGCUUUAUUAUUUGUACUGCUUUUGAGAGGCAGUGGAGUGGUUUUUAUUCUUAACUAAUGUGUGUGCCCCCCAUCCCACUGUCCCAGCCCUGCAGAGCCAGCAGGUGAUCCUCAGAGGGCGGGGUCACGGUUUGGGGAGGGCAUCCUUUGAAAGGAAGCAGGUUCUGGAAGUGGCCCAGUUACAGACCCGGAACAUCUCGGAGCCGAGGACUGUGGAGAGCUUCCCCUCCCGCCCCCCCUGCCCGCAGGCUGCAGGUCGAAGCCAGGGGACGUCAGCGGGCCCCACGGCUCCUCACCGGUUUUUGCAUUUGCAGCCUGUGUGCUGCUUCCUAGAGCUGAGAUGCUGAGAGCGAAGCUGGAGCUUGUCUCCACAGGGGGUCUAAGAACCAGACUAACUGUCCUUUGUCUCCAGAGGGACCUCAGGGAUUCUCAGCUGUGGGAAGUGCAGCCCCUGGGGAGGAAGUGAAGCUAGCCACCCAGGAACCCCGCUCGCAGCCCCAUGGGAACCAGUCAGCGCAGGGAGGGGCUCAUCCACCAAGAUAGGGACCGUUGCUGUGAGCCUCCGUCCACUGUCCGGCAUGUGUUCCGAUCAGACACAGGACUCGAAGGCAAGGAGGGGCACAGCCCCCGGCGCCUCCUCCCAGCUGCGCCUGGGAGCCCAUCCUGGGGCCGGUCACAGCCCUGCAGCCUCCUGAGGCCGAGGGCCUGGGCCGCGCCCUGCGUGGGUGGGAUCGGACUUAGUUACUAGGGCGGGAGGCCGGCGCCAGUGCCCGGAAGAGUUCACAGCAGCACCGGGAGGCUGUUUGCCCGGAGCCCACCGGAAACUUGAAUUCAUUGCAAAUCCACCUGCCAGGAGCAUUUUGGUCCAUGGCUGCCACCUGGCACUGCCACCUGGCACUGUCCAGGGCCCCUCCCUCACAGCUGAGCAGUUCGUGGCUUGUCUUGCCAGCGUUUGGCACGUUUGGCCCCCGGGAACGGGAGGGAGAAAGCCUCCCAAAGCCUCGGCUCGGUUCCCCGUGUCACUUGGAAGGAGCCUCGUCUGACCUGUUCUCUCGGCCUAGGACGCCUCCCCUCCGCAUCCCAGGAAACUGAUUUUCUGGAAAGGGAAAGAAGUUUGAUUAGCCAUAGAUUUCUGCUGCCUUCUGGUCAGAUGAACCUCAAAGUAAAGCUCCAGGAUUUUAAGCGUUUAAGCCAGUGCUGCCCAGGACUACUGCCAGGUUUUGAUCGUAUCAAGAAGGGAAGGAUGAGCAGCGCCUGCGUUCCUGACCUUGGCCCCGCGCGGGUGGACGCCACCAGUCUGGCGGGUGGGCCUCCGCAGAGCAUCGCAGUGCAGCCAGGGGGCCUCAGACACCGCCCCCCCGACCACCUGCUCCACGGCUGUGCCCAGGGGAACAGCCCGUUGGUGCCAUAUACAGGAUUUGGUCUCCUGGCGAAAUAUUUUGUGUCUAAAAAACCCAGGUUUUUAAUAUGCUUUCAUAACCAUAAGCCUUUUAAAGAGGAUGGCGAACUUAAACCCUGUUGCGUGGCAUGGAGCCACUUCAGAUGGGCCGCAAGGGGAACCAGGCUGCCAACACUGGACUCCUUUGAUAAAUGUAUGUUCCCCUCAGUGUCUUUGGAUUUGGUCAGAAAGUCAGUUUAAAGCAGUUGCUUCAAAAUAAGUUAUUUAUUUGUAUAUGUUCAAUAAAUAGUUUUUAAUUUAUAUCUGUACAUAUUAGACAUACAUUAGACACCUUGUCAGAAUUCUGACAGUGGUGAUGUCAUUGACCUCCCAAAAUGUGCCCCAGGGACAGGUACCCCAUCUCCUGUGAGGCACAGGUCAUGUUCCCUGGGAGAGGUCAGACCAAAAUGUCACAUGUUCGUCUAACAGCACCAGCCAGACUGUGGCAGGAUCCAGACCAAACGUGAGAGGCAUGUGCUGGUUGCCCAGAAGGGGCUGGGGUGGGCCUGCCGCCCUCUGUGGGACGUGCCCUGCCUUAGAACCCGCAGCCGCGCUGUCAGCCUCAGGGCUCUGCUUCUGGCUGUAUUUUCGUAAAGUGUUAGCAACCUUCAAAAAUCUCCUCCAUUUUUAUGUUUUUAUAAUGUUCUUAAGUCCUAGCCGAACUUUUGCACAGAAACAACAUGGUGGGAAUGCCCACUCUCUCUCCUCCUGGAGUCCGCGGAGGGACAAGAAGCCAGGGAGCCCUGGCCGUGCUCAGGACGGCUCCUCCGCUGGGUGGCCAGGGUGGGCCUGGGGACUGGUCCUAGAGGCCAGGACUCACUGUGUGGAUGCACGUGGCCCCAGUGCACAGGCCUUGUCCGAGCUCUCUUGGGUCUGGCUCUGGUGACUGUAGACAGGCCGUGUCCAUGUCUUGUCCCCUCUGUGCACCUAGGUGUUGCCAACCUGAUCUUACACCUGAUUCAUCUCACUUGUCCCAAAUUAGUUCUGGCUAUUUCUGAAAACCCCAAACUGCUCUGAUAGGUUGGAGAUGUGCCACCUUUUACAAAGUCUGUUUCAGAAAGUGUGUGUCUGCUCCAGGAAGGACAUCCAGAUUUAACUGUGGCGACCACAUGGCACUUGUGUGCAGGCUUCCAUGGGGGCAGCUUUGACACUGGGCCAGGGGGUUGUGGACACAACUCCUUUGUUUGUGUCCACACCCCUUCUUUCCAGCAGAGAUGGCUAACUGGCCAGCAUGCUGCGUUGAGGGCAGUCUUGCCCAUGACGUCGCUUACUUGGCAGUUUCUCUGUUUACUCCCCAAGCCAUGCAGCAGUGCCUCUUGAGGACGAAGCAGGGGUGGCACUCAUGGCCUCCCCUGUAGAGAAAUGCCGGCGGCUGCCCCCCAGUCCCGACUGCCACCCUGCAGGUUGUGACCUUUGCCCAUAGCCUCUUCCAGGAGCUCAGUGGCCAGAAGCAGCGCUGCAGUAGACGCAGCUGGCAGGGAUCCUAAGACUUUCCACGUUUAGGCUAUCGCCUUCCUCUUCUUAUUUUGAAAAUUUAUUUUUUUUCAUAGGAAAAGUCAUUUCAAAUCCAUGGCACAGUUUUGAAGAGGGUGAUUAUUGACCAUGUUUUGGUUCCCAUUGCUACUGCUGUCUCGUUAUUCCCAUGAUGGGCUGGGUGAUACUGUGAAAUAAGAAUGAACUACACCUUCCGCGCCGCACGCACGCGGCACAGCAUCGCGGUGAGUCAGGGCGGCUGCCCGGGAGCGCCAAGCUGUCCUGGGCCCCCGCACCUGCAGACGCAGGACAGCUUUGCGCCGGGGCAGCCUCUGCUGCAGGUGCCUCCUUCUGUCCAUCUUCUGUGAAAUCUCUCCCGUUACAUGCUUCCCGAAAAGCUUGACUUGACAGUACAAGUAUUAUCAGGUAUUUCUAGCCGCCAUGGGAAGAUAUUUUCAAAAUGGGGUCAUUAGCUCAUAAUUUUUAGGGACCAAAGGUGUUUUUAAUAAGAUAAUCUUUGUAUUUGAUUUUCUAAUGAGAAAGGAAAUAGUAACUUUAAAUUUUAACAUCAACUUUUAAAUUAUAGAUAUUCAGCAUUAACUUACCAUGGCUAUAAGUUGUAAAAUGUUUUCAUAUUAAGAUUGUAAUUAUUUCCUUAUUGUAUUUUUUAAAAACUAAAGUCAUAUUUAAAAUCUUUUUGAAAAAAAAAACAGGCAAAAACAGGAAAGAUUUUUUAAUUAAAUAUGUUGGCAGUGCCCAUUUUAAAUGACUGUAAAUAUAUUUUCACUGUGUUUCUCAGUGUAUUUAAUUCAUAAAGUAAAAGCUUUUAUUAAGGGAGACUUAUGAUGGAGAUUCUAGUUUUCCGUCCACUUGCCACAUUUUGUACUAACCCCCCUUGAUUUUCUGUUUCACGAACUGAUUUUCCUCCUGUUCCCACGGUGUGAUCCCCAGACUGGCGCCCCCCGGGCGUGCCUCCACUGUGUGUCACUAUCGCCAAUAAAACUGUACGCUUGCA